GCAGCGCCGGCGGGUCGUCCUGGCGUCCCCCAUCCAGUCGGUGCGGUCCGACUGGGACCUUGGGAGUCGUGGAGGAGCCGGGCUGCAGCGGUCGCUGGAGGACCCGGGUCUGCCUCUGCGGUUGCCAGGUAGGCGGUGUGAGAGGCCCGAGCCUCCCGACUCUCCAGAGGCCACCUCAUCGCUGCCGGCACAAUGCUGUCCCCUCAGAGGGCUUUGCUCUGCAACCUCAACCACAUCCACCUCCAGCAUGUGUCCCUGGGCCUGCACUUGUCCCGCCGUCCUGAGCUACGGGAGGGGUCCUUGAGCACAUCCCCUCCCCCCGGAGACACAGGGGGCAAGGAGAGCCGCGGCCCCUGCAGCGGGGUCCUGGUGGACGCCAAUUCCAACAGCCCAGCUGUGCCCUGCCGAUGCUGCCAGGAGCACGGGCCCAGCUUGGAGAAUCGACAGGACCCAGCGCAGGAGGAGGAGGGGGCUGCCUCUCCCUCUGACCCGGGCUGCUCCUCCUCGCUCAGCUCCUGCUCAGAUCUUAGUCCAGAUGAGUCCCCCAUCUCGGUGUACUCGCAGGGUCUCCCAGGUGAGGAGGAUGUCCACCCUCAGCCCAGCAUCAUCCCCCUGGAGCAGGGCUCCCCGCUGGCCUCCGCAGGCCCUGGCGCCUGCUCUCCGGACAGCUUCUGUUGCUCGCCCGAUUCCUGCUCCGGAGCGUCCUCCCCACGGAGCCCCGAUCUGGACUCCAACCGCAACACCCUGACCACCUGCCAGGAGCCCCCUUCCCCGGGGCUAGAGGAAGAGGACGAGGGAGGGGAGCAGGAUCUCCUUGCCUCCGAGCUCCCGGAGCCCGACGCUGGGAAAACCGAACCUAGCUGGAAAAUCAACCCCAUUUGGAAAAUUGACACGGAGCUCCCCGAUGCCAGCUGGAAAGCCACGGGGAUCAUUGACUCUGGCUGCACCAUCCGCCGGAACAGCAGCUCUAGCUGGACAACGGAACCUGCAAAACUCGACUCCGGCUGCAAAAGCAACCCAGUUAUCACCGAAGCCAGCUCAAAAACAGAUGCGGGGUGGAGUGACGUCAGCGGGGAGCCGGCGUCGCACCGGACAAUCACGUCCUUCCAUGAGCUGGCCCAGAAGCGCAAGCGGGGCCCGGGGCUGCCCCCGGUGCCGCAGGUCAAGAAGGACCGCAGCGACUGGCUCAUCGUAUUCUCGCCCGACAGCGAGCUGCCCCCCAGCGGCUCCCUGGGAGGCUCCCCGGCGCCGCCCCGGGAGGUCACCACCUUCAAGGAGCUCCGCUCCCGGAGCCGGGCCACGCCCCCGCCGGUGCCGCCCCGGGAUCCCCCGGUCGGCUGGGCCUUGGUGCCGCCCCGACCCCCGCCCCCGCCCGUCCCACCGCGGAGGAGGAAGAACCGGCCGGGGCUGCAGCCCAUCACCGAGCGGCCGCCCGAGGAGGGCAGGGCGGGCAGCCCCGUGGCUGGCCAGGAGGCCCCCGCCGCCCGGGAGCCCGAGGAGCCGGGCGCGCAGGCCAGCGGCGCGGCCGGCCCCUCCCCGCCGCGCCCGCCCUCCGCCCCCCGGUCCGCGGCCGCCCCGCGCCCCCUGCUGGAGGGCGCGGGCACGGCGGGGACUCCGCUCCCCGCGCGUCCCGCCGGCCCUCCCCGCGCGGGGCUGCGGCUACUGGGCGCGCCGAGGCCUCCGCAGGAGCGGCUGCUGCCGGUCCGCCAGUCCCCGGUGGGCGCGCACUCGCCCCCGGCUCGGGGGGCCCUGCCCUGCCUGGCCAGCCCCGAGCUGGCCCUGCUGCUCUCCCCGCUCUUUCCCAGAAGCAGCACCUUCCCCGCCGCGGCCCCCCCGCCCCGCCAGGUGCCCGCCCCCCCGCUGCCACCACCGCCGCGCCCGCAGAAGGGCUCCCGCCGGACCAGGAGCCCGCCGCCUCCGCCCAGGCUACCCCAGAGUUCCUGGUCGUUCGCCGGUGUCCCCGGGGCCCAGCGACGGUGGAUGGCAGAGGCCCAGAGCGGGACCGGCCAGCUGCAGGAGCAGAAGAAAGGGCUCCUGAUAGCUGUGAGCGCCUCCGUGGACAAGAUCAUCUCGCACUUUGGGGCGGCCCGGAACUUGGUUCAGAAGGCCCAGUUGGGGGACAGCCGUCUGAGCCCAGAUGUGGGGCAUCUGGUGCUGACUACCCUCUGUCCGGCCCUGCACGCCCUGGUGGCGGACGGCCUGAAGCCGUUCCGGAAGGACCUCAUCACGGGGCAGCGCAGGAGUAGCCCCUGGAGCGUGGUGGAGGCUUCUGUGAAGCCAGGUGCCAGCAGCCAGGCGCUGGGGACUCUGUACAGCCAGGUCAGCCGUCUAGCCCCGUUGAGCAGCAGCCGCAGCCGCUUUCACGCCUUCAUCUUGGGCCUCCUCAACACCAAGCAGCUGGAGCUGUGGUUCUCGAGCCUCCAGGAAGAUGCAGGCCUGCUGUCCCUCCUGUACCUGCCCACUGGCUUCUUCUCCUUGGCCCGGGCUGGCUGCCCUGCCCUGGCCACGGAGCUGCUGCUCCUGCUCCAGCCACUGUCUGUGCUCACCUUCCACCUGGACCUGCUGUUCGAGCACCACCACCACCUGCCCCUGGGCCCCCCACCCACCACUGCCACCCCAGGCUCACCUCCUGCCCUGCAGCAGACGGUGCACGCAGUGCUGCACUGGGGGGGGCGGCUGGCCCAGAGCCUUCGGGGAGCCCCUGGGGAUACGCCUUCUGGCCCUUCGGCCCUUGAGAGUGCCCCAGCGCCGGGCAGCUGGUGGGAGCAGCUGACCCAGGCCUCCCGGGUCUAUGCCUCUGGGGGCACCGAGGGCUUCCCCCUUCCCCGGUGGAGGGCCUGGCGUCCAGGGACGGCGGCUGGAGGCCCCCACGACAGGCCCCUGCCCGCAGAGGAGGCCACGACCGGCCGAGGUCCGUGGCUGGGGAGGCUGUUUGGAGUGCCUGGGGGCCUGGCGGAAGGAGACGGAGGAACGCUGAAGUCCAGGAGACCAUCCAGCUGGCUGCCCCCGACAGUGAGUGUGUUGGCUCUGGUGAAGCGGGGGGUACCUCCUGAGACCAGCUCGUCUCCUGAGGAGCUUGAGGCCUCAGCUGCCAGCAUGGUGGAGACCCACAGGUGUGGGGGUGCAGACCACAGGGCGGUGCGCACGCUCUGCGACCACGUGGCGGCAACACCUGAGCAGCUGAGCUUCCAGCGCGGGGAGGUGCUGCGCGUCCUGGCCACCGUGAACGAGGACUGGCUUCGCUGUGGGCGGGAUGGCGCCGAGGGGCUGGUGCCCGUGGGCUACACCUCUCUCAUCCUCUAGACCGGUCACCGGUCUGGUCGGUGGCCGCCUCUCCCUCCUGCGCCCUGGAACCCAGCGGCCUCAGAACCCCGCCCAGCUGCCUGGACACAGAACGACUCUUCUUCCCUCUCCGCAUCCCUCUCCGCAAAUGGGAAAUGACCUUCCCUCCCCCCUCGUGCCAUCUGUAAGGUGAAAUCUGCUCCUCUUCUGAUAUGAAAAGGAGUUUCCCUCUACCUCUUUCCCCACCUGCACAGGGAAGCCUCCCCUCCUGCCCACACACUGGAACUUGAGCCCCUCUGCCUCCUCCUGCUGAGUGGACUGUGCCAGUGCCACGUGCGCCUCUUUCCCCAAGACUAGAAGGGCCUCAAGGGUCCUUCCCACCUCUGGUCACCCCCACCUGCGCACCGCCCUCCUUGCCUGUAUUUAUUAUGUUCUUAUGCUGUGCCAGGUGCUAAAGUCCGGACCCCCCCCACCGUGGGGGGCCCCUGGUGUUGGUCUGCCUACCCCUCAUUGUCCCAAUAAAGUGUGGGAGCUGAA